GUCUGCUUUCGUCUGAUGCUCCUCAGGACAGGAGCCAAUCACAAGCGCCGAAUCUUCCCUCGCGGUGCAUUCCGGGGUUUCAGUUCUUAGCAUAGUUAGCAGCUUCGCUAACUGUUUAUGAAAAAUAAAUUCAUUUUGCAAGAGAAAAAGUAUCAUACUUGCAGGAUUAACCUAGUUUGACUUAGUGUAAUAAGUCGGUGCGCUGUCUGCAAUAAUACCAGAGUUCACGCAGUGGUUAUUUGGCAACUGGGGUUACGUUAGGGAGACAUAAGCUAAGCUAACUCAGUAGGGCAUUUUUGUUUUGGUGCGAUCUCAGUUAUCUUAGCGCUCGGUAGAACUGCAGAAUGACUUCGGCUUCCACUAAGGUGGGCGAAAUCUUCUCGGCGGCAGGCGCUGCUUUCAGUAAACUGGGUGAGCUUACCAUGCAGCUGCAUCCUGUAGCCGAUUCGUCUCCUGCAGGGGCCAAAUGGACAGAGACUGAAAUUGAGAUGCUGCGGUCUGCUGUGAGGCGCUUUGGGGACGAUUUAAACAACAUCAGUUCAGUCAUUAAGGAACGCACAGUUGCUCAGAUUAAGAGCACAGUGAAGAGGAAGCUGUAUGAGGACAACCGGGUCCCCCUCUCACUAGAGCCUCCCAAAAAAACUAUGAAGAAAACAACUGUGGUGGCAACUCCAGCACCGAUGGCACCAACCAUCAUUUCAGUUCCAACCUCACAAGUUGUUGUACAACAAGGAUUGCAAAGUGCUUCUGCGUUGCCACCCACGAUUAAAAAAGCAAAAACUGCUGAUGUUACCCUCAGCGCGCUCAAUGACUCGGAUGUCAACAGUGACUUGGUGGCUAUUGAAGGACUUGGAGAGGGUUCUACCAAGAAGCCCAACUUUGAUCAGGAGAGUCUCAGCUUGGAUUCCAGUCUUAUAAUGAACUCUGGUGAUCUGCCUCUACUUUCAAGAUGAGUGCCAUUUAUGAGUGAUUGACAGUUCAUACUAUGUAAGAUCAGCAGUGCAUGUGGAUGUACAGACAUAUAUUUGCUGUGCUAUUAGUGAGACUCUGGCCAGUUCAUGUCUACCGAAAGUUGAUGCAAAUACGUUACCUGGAAUUCAGUGCAGUGACAGCACAGCUAGUCUCACAUGCCUAGUUUUACAUUUUUGUCAGUUAUUCUUUGAGGUAGUUCACUCAGCUAGAUCAAUGAAGUUCAUUCAGAAGGCAGGUUACAUUCCUGCUGGGCAACUUAAUGAGAAAUCUAGCUCUCUUGCUUUGUGAAACGUCCCCAGACGCUCUAGUGUAAGAUACUGCAGUUUUGCUUUUGUAUUAUAUUUUUUAAUAAUCUUUAUUUUUUGCAGAAAAUUGUGACUGUGUAUAUAUAGUGUUCACAUACAGGUUUUACCUUGCUAUAAUUUGCUGUCAGAUGUACAUAGUAAUGUGGUGACUUUAUCUUUUUCCGUGAUGCACACAGGUGAAACGACCUGUUGCAUCUUGCUUCUGUGUAAUGAUAACCUUUAUGAUAAGGAGCUUUUGGAGAAAGUGGACACUGACCUGUAGCCUGUCAUCAAAUAAAAACCCAUUUGUUAAAUACAGUA